AGAUGUAUCCUACGUACAUAUAGUGAGGAAAGCCAGCAGGCAGCUAAGAGAGGAACAAAUGAGUGUGAAGAGAGAGAGCUGAAAGUGUUGUCGAGUCAGUGUGUAUCAGACAAAAACAACACCAACAUGGGAGGGGCUUCUGCCGAUCUUCAACACCAUGAGUCAGAUAUAGAACUCGCUGGUGCCGAAAGGAUUACCAUGAACAGCACCAAGUUAAGUGAUUCAGAGUCACAAACUGGCACUGAUAUUGACCUUAACAGUCGCAUCAAAUCCCAGAAUGAAGAUGAACAACAACACUAUGUUGAGGUCACCAUGGACAUCCAAGGUGGUUCUGUUGCCUUACACAGUGUUAAAACUGUUGCUGGCGUUGAAAUGAUGGAAGAGGAAGAGAAAUUGGGUUUGAUGGGCAAAAAGCUUGAGAAGAGAACCUCAUUUGGUUCCUCAGUGGUUCAGAAUGCUACUAUUCGCAUGAAACAGCUGAAGCGUUUGGCAUCAUUUUCCAAACCGGCACCAAAAAACUUCGAAAGGACCAAGUCUGCAGUGGGUCAUGCUCUAACAGGACUCAAGUUUAUCAGCAAGACUGAUGUUGGUGCUGGAUGGAGUGGGGUGGAGAAGCAGUUUGACAAGCUCACUGCUACCACUGAUGGAUAUCUUUCUCGUGCUCUCUUUGCACAAUGCAUAGGAUUGAACAAGGAGUCUGAGGCUUAUGCCGAAAAGCUUUUUGAUACUCUUGCUCGGCAGAGGGGUAUUCAGGGGGGUUCUAUUAACAAGACCCAGUUGAGGGAAUUCUGGGACCAUAUUUCUGACCAGAGUUUUGAUACUAGGCUCAAAACAUUCUUUGACAUGGUUGAUAAAGAUGCAGAUGGAAGAAUCAACGAGGAAGAAAUUAAAGAGAUUAUAUGCCUGAGUGCCACUGCCAACAAGCUAUCAAACAUCCAGAAACAAGCAGAGGAAUAUGCGGCUUUGAUCAUGGAAGAACUGGACCCUGAUGACACAGGAUACAUCAUGAUAGACAACCUGGAGACCCUCUUAUUGCAUGGACCAGAGGAAACCACAAGAGGAGAAAGUAAGUACCUGAGCCAAAUGCUAAGCCAAAGGCUUAAGCCUUCUUUUGUGGACAGUCCAAUUAUGAGAUGGUGUAGAGAUGCCAAGUACAUCUUGCUGGACAAUUGGCAAAGAUCUUGGGUACUUGCACUGUGGAUCGGUGUGAUGUUAGGGCUAUUUGCCUAUAAAUUCGUGCAGUAUCGGAGAAGAGCUGCCUAUGAGGUGAUGGGCCAUUGUGUUUGCAUGGCAAAAGGUGCAGGUGAGACACUUAAAUUGAACAUGGCUCUUAUCUUGUUACCUGUUUGCCGGAACACCAUCACCUGGCUCAGGAACAAGACCAAGCUAGGUGUUGUAGUUCCUUUCGAUGACAACCUCAACUUCCACAAGGUGAUAGCAGUGGCAAUAGCAAUUGGGGUUGGUAUACAUGCUAUCUACCAUCUUACUUGUGAUUUUCCUCGCCUUCUUCAUGCAAGCGAUGAAAAGUACAAGCUCAUGAAACCCUUCUUCGGUGAUAAACCGUCAAAUUAUUGGCAUUUUGUCAAAUCAUGGGAAGGAGUAACUGGGAUUAUAAUGGUUGUGCUGAUGGCAAUAGCCUUUACACUGGCCAAUCCUAGGUUCAGGAGAGGCCGGGCCAAACUACCCAAACCCUUUAACAAAUUCACAGGUUUCAAUGCCUUUUGGUAUUCCCAUCACCUCUUCAUCUUUGUCUAUGCCAUGUUGGUUGUGCAUGGAAUCAAACUUUACUUGACUAAGGAAUGGUAUAAGAAAACGACUUGGAUGUAUCUUGCUGUUCCCAUCACCAUUUAUGGCUUGGAAAGGCUGAUUAGAGCACUCAGAUCGAGCAUCAAGUACGUCAAAAUAUUGAAGGUGACUCUUUACCCUGGAAAUGUGUUGGCACUUCAAAUGUCAAAGCCCCAGGGGUUUAGCUACAAGAGUGGACAAUACAUGUUUGUCAAUUGUGCUGCCGUGUCUCCAGUUGAAUGGCAUCCCUUUUCCAUAACUUCCGCCCCUGAUGAUGAUUACCUUAGCGUUCAUAUAAAAAUACUUGGUGAUUGGACUCGAAGUCUGAAAACUAAAUUCUCACAGGCGUGCCAGCAACCCCUCAAUGGGCAAAGUGGACUUCUAAGAGCUGAAUGCUUGAAGGGAGAAAAUAGCCCAACUACUUUUCCUAAAGUUCUGGUCGACGGUCCGUAUGGAGCGCCAGCACAAGACUACAGGGAGUAUGAGGUGGUUUUGCUGGUGGGGCUUGGAAUAGGAGCUACACCAAUGAUAAGUAUACUAAAGGACAUGGUGAAUAAUUUUAAGGACAUGGAAGAGGAGGAGGGGACCGCAAUUGAAGAGGGAAUUAGUGGGUCUGGUCGUGCCAAAUCACCAACUAUGGCCCAACAAAAAGGGCCCAGGUCCAAUGACUUCAAGACACGGAGGGCAUACUUUUACUGGGUAACUAGAGAGCAGGGUUCUUUUGACUGGUUUAAAGGGGUGAUGAACGAAGUAGCAGAAGGGGACAGAAGGGGAGUGAUUGAGCUCCAUAGCUACUGCACCAGCGUCUACGAAGAGGGUGACGCUCGCUCUGCUCUUAUUGCUAUGUUGCAGUCUAUAAACCAUGCAAAGAAUGGAGUGGACAUCGUCUCUGGCACACGCGUCAUGUCUCACUUUGCCAAACCCAACUGGCGCAGUGUGUACAAGCGCAUUGCGCUUAAUCAUCCACAUGCCCGAGUUGGGGUAUUUUACUGUGGGCCAUCAACCCUCACCCAAGUGCUUCGUCAGCUAGCAUUGGAUUUCUCACACAACACAUCCACCAAGUACGAUUUCCAUAAAGAAAAUUUCUGAUAAGAUGGGGGAAAUAUCGAUAACAGGAGAAGCUGUGGAACAAUCGAGUUGUCCACCUUGAUCCCCAACUAGAUGAUUACAUUGUUUGCAUGUACUGCCCUUUUGUUGAUAGCCUACAAAUAAGUUUCUACAUAUGGUUGUUACUUGUGAUGCCUUAGUAAAAGGACGAAGGCAAGCGGGGGCUAAACGGGUAAAAAUGAUGAGUUGGCCAAUUGUAAAAGGUGUCGACGUCUGGUUGGAUGCCCCCCGUCAAUGUGUCUGCUGUCAUCGUGACGAUGUAAAUUUAAGGAGAAAUACCACAAGGGUUUUUAUUUUUUUAAUUCAAUGAUUAAAGACCUCAAACUUAAUAUUGUGUUAUAAGUUUGGAUAAUUUUUUUAAAAAAAUAUGUAAAUUAUAAAAAAAUAUUCAAGAGUUAAGUG